AAGAAGUUACUUGGCAACUCGCUCAUUAAUUCUUUUGGGAGAGAUGGGAGGAAAUGAUUACAACCAUGCAUUCUUUGGAGGAGUUAGCACUGAGAGUAUUCAAGAUCUUGUACCUUACGUUGUUAACAUCAUAGGUCAAGCCAUCAAGGAGUUAAUUGAACUAGGAGCCAUAACAAUAUUGGUUCCCGGGAAUCUCCCGAUUGGUUGCUUGCCAUCCUAUCUAACAUUAUUUGAGAGUUUAGAUAAAAAAGACUACGAUCAUUCUACCGGUUGUCUUGAGUGGCUGAACAGAUUCUCCGAGGAUCAUAAUGAACAACUUUUGGCAGAACCAAAGCAAAUCCAAAAGCUUUAUCCACAUGCCAAGAUCAUUUAUGCAGAUUAUUACAAUGCUGUAAUGCCUCUUUAUCACUCACCAAAUCAAUUCGGGUUUACUGGAGGUGUUCUCAGAGCAUGCUGUGGCUGGGGAGGAACAUAUAACUACAAUUCGUCAGCUGAAUGCGGCAAUCCACUUGCAAGUGUUUGUGAUGAUCCCUCCUUAUAUAUGAAUUGGGAUGGCAUACAUUACACAGAAGCAACUUAUAAAUUGAUUUUCGAAUCCGUAAUAGAGGGCUCAUAUUCCUUUCCGUCUUCCAAAGCUCUGUGUAAUUUGGAUGGUAAAUACUUUAAUCAUAAAUAGCUAUAUUAAUAAACAAUAAAGACUGAUUUUUCUUUCA